AAAACAAACUAGGAGUAUCAAGUAAUGAGAGUUGCGUAGUGAAGCAUGAGAGUCAUCGCCUUUGUUCUUCACCAGCAGAGCACCAUUCGUCGAACAAUUAACGUCCCCUAUCUUUACCCCAACAUUCUCAGUUUCUGCACUCAAGGACCACUGGCCGGAACUCCACUGGCAACUGAAAACGAACCCAAAGAUGGCGAAGCCAAGAGUUUAAGUUGGAGAAUCGAGAAAUUGUUGAAAGGGGAUUCGGUCACCUCCGCCUUUUGCCGCUGGAUGGGCGAUGGCCUACCCAUUCACAGAGGCGAUAUUUUCCAUAUGAUCAACCGUUUGCGGAGGCUUCAAUCCAAUAAACGCGCUCUAGAGGUGAUGGAGUGGGUGAUAAGGGAGAGGCCUUACAAGCCAACAGAGCUAGACUACUCCUACUUGCUAGAAUUCACCAUUAAGUUUCAUGGGGUGGCACAAGGCGAGGCCCUCUUCACUCGAAUCCCAUCCGAGUUUCAAAACGAGCUGCUUUACAACAAUCUCGUGCUCGGAUGCCUGGACAAAGGUUUGAUACGUCUCUCGUUGGCAUACAUGAAGAAGAUGAGGGAGUUAGGCCAUCCCAUAUCGUACUUAGCUUUCAACCGCCUGAUCAUACUGCAUUCCUCCCCCAGCCGGAGAAAAGCAAUUCGGAAGAUCAUGAUUCAGAUGAAAGCCGAUAAAGUGGUCCGCCACGUCUCAACUUACAAUAUCUUGAUGAAGAUUGAAGCCAAUGACCACAACAUUGAAGGCCUGGUGAGAGUCUUUGGCGACAUGAAGCAGAUGAUGGUGGAACCAAACGAAAUAUCUUACUGCAUUUUGGCUGUCUCUCAUGCUGUAGCCAGGCUGUAUACCGCUUGUGAGGCUUAUGUGGAGAUCAUCAAGAAGUCUAUGACGGGGGAUAACUGGUCUACACUCGACAUUCUUGUGAUACUGUAUGGAUAUUUGGGGAGUGAGAAGGAGGUGGAACAAAUGUGGUCGAAGGUUCAAGCCCUUCCUUACGUCCGGGGCAAGAGUUUCUUGUUGGCAAUUGAAGCCUUUGGUAGGAUUGGAAAUCUUGGGCGUGCAGAGGAGCUGUGGCACGAGAUGGUCACCGAGAAAGGCUUGAAGUCGAGUGAGCAGUUCAACUCGAUGAUCGGUGUGUAUUGCAGAAACGGAUUGAUCACAAAAGCCACGGGGCUGUAUAAAGACAUGGAGAGGAGUGGGUGCAAGGCAAAUGCAAUAACGUUUCGGCAUCUUGCACUUGGUUGCUCGAGAGCAGGGCUACUGAAGGAAGCUAUAAGAACUCUUGAAUUAGGUUCAGAGUUUGUGGCAAGCGCUAGGAUCAGGAGAUCGAGUCCGUGGCUGGAAACUACGCAUUCGAUAAUGGGGGUUUUUGCAGAAGAUGGGGAUGUGGAGAAUGUGGAGAAGUUGUUUGAAGAGUUGAAGAGUGUGAACUACAGUAGGUAUAGCUUCGUGUAUAAUACGUUGAUUAAGGCAUAUGUGAAGGCGAAGGUAUACGAGCCUAAUCUUCUUAGAAGGAUGAUUUUGGGAGGAUGUAGGCCGGAUGCUGAGACGUAUAGCCUCAUGAGGCUCAUAGAGCAGUUCCGGCUGUGAUUACAGAUUCUGAAAUGAUUUUUCCUCUUCUAUUUCAUGGUCUGACUCAGCCAAUGUGUACAAGGACUAUUUUAUUUAAAGAGUGAAUUUGUUACUUCA